GUAUUUUCCUGAUGGAAUUGACAUGUAUUUUGAUAAUGUUGGGGGUGAGAUGCUGGAGGCAGCAGUUGAUAAUAUGAAAGCAUGUGGAAGAGUGGCUGUUUGUGGAGUAAUCUCUGAGUAUACUGAUGCUGGAAAGAGAGCUUCUCCAAACAUGCUGAAUAUUAUAUACAACAGAAUCACCAUCAAAGGGUUUUUAAGUGCUGAUUUUAUUAAUGUCUUCCCAGAGUUUUUGGCAAACACACAAGAUUACCUUCGUGAAGGGACGCUGCAGGUUAUUGAAGACAUAUCAUUGGGCGUGGAGAGUGUCCCUUCUGCUUUCCUUCAACUUUUCAAUGGAACUAACAUUGGAAAGAAAAUGGUCAAGUUAGAAGAAGAGUAA